AUGGAUCUCAUUGACCUGCUCUUCAGGACCAAAGAUGAAACCAGCACCUGCCAUGGCAACCCACCGUGGCCCAUCACCAUGUAUGACGCGGAGAGCCCAGACGGAAAAGGUCCCGACGACUUUUUGGACUCUCUGCUGGCUGGGAGUGAGUCUUCCUCACCUCCGACCUCUCCUCCGUGGUCCCCUCUCACCCCGGAUAGCGACAUGCCCGACUUGGCCGGCGGACUCCAACUGCCCUCCUGCGCUUCAUUUCCAGGCUUCACAUCCGUGCAGCUUCCACCCUGCAAACAUGAAAAUCAAAUUACGCCUGAUGUUCACAUUGAUCUGGGCUGGGAGUCUGAUGGCCUCCAGGAGAAGCUGGGAAUGGCGUACUACCUCACAUCAAAUCAAAGUUCCACAACGUCAUCAAGUCAGACGCUUACAGUGAAGGACCUGCUCUUAUCCAAUCUGGGAAAGAAAGUAAGCGAAGAAACAUCUCAACAUCCUCUGCAAGAGCUUGUUCUUAAUGAGGAUGAGAAGACACUUCUAGCAAAAGAAGGCAUUAACUUGCCCAGCGAACUGCCUCUAUCUAAGUGUGAGGAGCAUGUUUUGAAGAAGAUCCGUCGGAAAAUACGCAACAAGCACUCAGCUCAAGAGAGCCGCAAAAAGAAGAGGGAAUAUGUGGAUAGUCUGGAAGAAAGGAUGUCUGCAUGCAGCGCUCACAACCUCCAGCUGCAGAGGAAGGUCCACAGACUGGAGGAGACAAACAACACUUUGCUGGAGCAGCUGAGCCAGCUCCAAGCUCUCCUGCCUAACAGCUGCAACAAAACAACACAAAGAGGGACCUGCCUCCUGGUUUUGCUCAUUUCCUUCUCUCUCAUUAUUUCCUCAAAUAUGAAGCCAGAUCCCUACAGUCAACCAAGCCAAGGAGGGUACAAAGAGACCUCAGUGCCGUCACGCUCUCUGCAGUCGGUCGACCAAGUGAAAGAGGUCGCUUCUACUCGUCCUCCCUUCUCGUUCUCCGGGAGCACGGCAGCCCUCAGUAGUGUAGCGGAGAAGCUUUUGAAAAGGCUGCCCAACGGCGAAGCUGCCAGCAUCCCAGCAACAUGA